AUGUGGCGGCUAGAUGUGAAGAAUGAUUUCUUAAAUGGAGAGCUUGAUCGAGAGAUCUACAUGGAGCAACCUAGAGGGUUUGAGAGCAUAAACACAAACUAUGUCUGUAAGCUCAAGAAAGCCCUAUAUGGUCUGAAGCAGGCACCUCGAGCUUGGUACGGUAACAUUGGAGAAUUUCUACUCCAAUGCGGAUACUCUGUCACUCCGUCAGAUUCAAGUUUGUUUGUCAAGGAGCAAUAUGGAAAAUUAGCAAUUGUGCUAGUUUAUGUUGAUGACUUGAUCGUGACUGGAGAUGAUGAAGAAGAAAUCAACCGAACUCGAAUGAAUCUAUCCAUAAGGUUCCAAAUCAAGGAACUUGGAGAGCUGAAGCAAUUUCUUGGAUUUGAAGUCGAAAAAAGAGAAGAUGGCUUAUUUCUUAGUCGGCGGAGAUAUGCUAUAGUGUUGCUAGAGAAGUUCGGGCUACAAGAGUGUAAGCCUACGACAACACCUAUGGAGGCUAACGUUAAACUCAACUCACAAGAGGGAAAAGAUUUAGAAGACGUGACGAUGUAUAGACAACUUGUGGGUAGUUUAAUCUACCUAACUCUGACACGUCCCGACAUUUCUUAUGCAGUUGGAGUCGUUAGCUGUUUCAUGCAGAAUCCCAAGAAGGUUCAUCUUGAGAUCAUCAAAAGAGUUUUGAGAUAUGUCAAGGGAACCAUUGAUCAUGGGAUAAUUUACAAGAAGGGAGUAGAGUGCAAACUUAAAGGUUAUUGUGAUGAUGAUUAUGCUGGAGACCUAGACACUCGUCGCUCGACAACAAGAUAUCUGUUCACACUCGGUUCAGGAGCAGUGUCGUAG